ACCCGGCCUCUAUCUCAUCUAUCGUACCAUAGCGAUGUUUAUAUUCACGCAUUUAUUAUUGGACAUAGCACACUCAUCCCGUAAUACUUCACAAGAUGCUUUUAACCAAGUUUACUUUAGUUUUUAUCAGUUUAUUUUGUGGAAUAUAUUCUUCGCCUCAAUCGGACAUGGUGAAACAUUGUAUUAGUUACUACACGACAGGACAGAGCUUCGAAAUAAAUGAUCUACAAGGCGAGCAUUUCGCUGUGUAUUUCUGGCCUCCGAAUCAGCGGCAAAGGGACAACUGCGCUAUUGUGAGCUACAAGAAAUUGAUGCAGAAUGAGGUGAACACAGCCAGUGAAUGCGAAGGCGAUCUGCCGGAGGACGGAAGCGUCAUGCAUGGACAAUACAUUAACGGGGCUGGUAGAAAAGUGAUCCUUCUAGUUUAUGGUGACGGCGAAGUGAAGAACUUGGUUCGCCCGUGUAAAAGUGCGUCGAAAUACAUAUACAAGCGGAUCAAUGAUAAUUAUGUGCUGGGGAUCAAUUGCUCGUCGAGCGGGCGUGGGAUGCUGCUGGCGAGGACUCUGCCCUCGGCCAGCGAGGUGCAAGACGUGGUAGACGGCAUCGAGAUCAUGUCGGGCCGCGAGGGGAAACCUGAUUGUAAUCUUAGAACGUAGUGUACGAAUAUAUGAAGACGAUGUUUGUGUUGAUAUUUAAAAUAUAUUUAUUUUUAUUCAAUAAAUACAAAUGAAGUCGU